UUUCCUCUUCACUUCCCUAGACGUCCGCCAGUUGUUCACAACAGAAACCGUAGUCACAGAGACAGAGAGAGCGAGCGAGGGCGAGCGAGGGAUGGUUGGGUGGGCAAUCGCCGUGCACGGCGGCGCGGGUGUGGACCCGAAUCUCCCCCACCACCGCCAGGAGGAGGCCAAGCAGGUCCUCGCCCGCUGUCUCAACAUGGGCAUCUCCGCCCUCCGCUCCUCUCUCCCCGCCGUCGACGUCGUCGAACUCGUCGUGAGGGAACUGGAGUCCGAUCCGGUGUUCAACUCGGGGCGGGGGUCGGCCCUGACGGAGAAGGGCACGGCGGAGAUGGAGGCGAGCAUAAUGGACGGGGUGGGGAGGAGGUGCGGCGCGGUUUCUGGGGUGACGACGGUGAAGAACCCGAUCUCCCUGGCCAGGCUCGUCAUGGACAAGUCCCCCCACUCCUAUCUCGCCUUCGCAGGCGCCGAGGAGUUCGCCCGCCUCCACGGUGCUGAGGUGGUGGACAAUGACUAUUUCAUCACUGAAGACAACAAGGGAAUGUUGAAAUUAGCCAAAGAAGCAAACACAAUCAUGUUUGACUACAGAAUCCCAACUGUCCUCUCGGACACGUGCGGCGCCAGCGUGGAGAAUCCCCUGCAGAUGAAUGGCCUCCCUAUCAGCGUCUACGCACCGGAGACGGUCGGAUGCGUCGUGGUGGACGCGCAGGGGAGGUGCGCGGCGGCCACCUCCACUGGCGGCCUCAUGAACAAGAUGUGCGGCCGCAUCGGGGACUCGCCCCUGAUAGGGGCCGGGACCUACGCGUGCGGCCUCUGUGGGGUCUCGUGCACCGGUGAGGGGGAGGCCAUCAUACGCGGGACCCUGGCCCGCGAUGUGGCGGCCGUGAUGGAGUACAAGGGCCUGGGCCUCCAGGCAGCAGUCGACUUCGUGGUGAAGGAGAGGCUUGAUGAAGGGAAGGCAGGGAUGAUAGCCGUGUCCCGGAAUGGGGAAGUGGGCUGCGGCUUCAACACGAACGGGAUGUUCAGGGGAUUUGCGACCGAAGACGGGUUUGUCGAGGUCGGGAUUUGGUAGUGAGCUCUGGGUGGUGGAGCUCUUUUGUUGUGAUCUCUCCGGCUCUGUUGUUAGGGACCGAUGUGUUGGUGAUGUAACUGUUUAGUCUGUUUCCUUUUUUUAAGUGUUGUUAUUUCAGUGUUCGUCGACAGUGAUGGAUGUUUGAAUGCUUCUAUCCUCGACUCGAAGAAGCUCCCAAAAAUUAAGAGUCUCUCGGCAUGUGCGGUCUCGUUUUCAAGCUCUCUCCUGUGUUACUUGCGCACUUUCCGUGAAGACAUGGCGUAUGAGACUGUAGCAUAGGAUCGAACGCCUAGUAGCUACAGAAAAAUGUAAAGCGUGUUAAGAAAAUUGCGGGGCAUGACCAUGUCAA